AUGUCGAAUGCCGAUGGUGAGCAGCCUGGGGGCUUCAUAAACCCAGGCCCUGGCUUACCCUCCCCUGCCCCAUCAUCCGCGUCCACCGGGUCAUCCCCGAACCUGCCUCAUCCGCGGAGCAGAUCACUGCAGUCAGGCUCACGGAAGGAGGAGAUGGUCAGGCGCUACGUUGAAGAUCGACUGCUGCACAUCUCACGUCGCUAUGUGAAAAAGUUCGGGGACCCGGACGUCGGCAGUGACGUAGUCGGGUACAAAACAUUCAGUGAAGUAGCUCGUGACCUAGACACAGUCAUCAACGUCUUGUGGUUAUCAGCGACGCAAGUUUUGAGUGGAGUGCCCGAGGACGAGGAUGCUGAGGAUGGUGUGGACGAUGAAUCCGAUGAGAACAACAUUGACGAAUCGGAUGGACCUGAAUCAUCGGUUCGCGACGCAUCGGUGGCCUGGGAUAUCGACGAAGAUAUGAUGCACUUGGAUGCGGCUCGUAUCUACGAGAAUACCAUUGUGCAGUUGGGAGGUCGUCUAGGCGAUCCAUUGGGAGCUGUCAACAUGACGGAGGACUGA